AUGAAUAUCAACAAAAAAUCUAUAAAUAAAAAUCUUAUCAAGUUAAAUAGUGUUGUUGAAAGAAGGUUGAGAAAAUUUCUACUGGGACCUAAAAAGGGAGAAACUUUCGAAUUAAAAAAUGGUUUAGUAUCUCAAUAUAAACAUGAAAGAAAAGAUGCUAUUCAAAGAGUUAUACAAGCAAUGACAGUUGGUAAAGAUGUUUCUUCUUUAUUUCCCGAUGUCUUAAAGAAUAUUGCAACUUAUGAUUUAGAACAAAAAAAAUUAGUUUACCUUUAUCUAAUGAAUUAUGCAAAAUCUCAUCCAGAAUUAUGUAUUUUGGCGGUGAAUACUUUUAUUCAAGAUACUGAAGAUCCAAAUCCUCUAAUUAGAGCCUUAGCUAUAAGAACAAUGGGCUGUAUAAGAGUUGCAAAAAUGGUUGAUUAUAUUGAAACACCAUUAAGCAGAACUUUAAAAGAUGAAAAUCCUUAUGUUAGAAAAACCGCCGCUAUAUGUGUAGCUAAAUUAUUUGAUUUGAAUCCAGAAAUGUGUGUUGAAUUUGGUUUUUUGGAUGAUUUAAAAAAGUUGUUAGGUGAUUCAAACCCUAUGGUUAUUGCAAAUUCUAUAAAUGCAUUGUAUGAAAUAAGAGAUAUGAAUCAAGACCCAAAUUUGGAAAUUUUAACAAUUAAUGGGGAAGUAGUCAAAAGUUUAUUACUAUGUUUAAAUGAAUGUACUGAAUGGGGAAGAAUAACAAUUUUGACUACGUUAACAGAAUACAGCACUAAAGGGAAAACUGAAGAAGCAAAUCAUAUAAUUGAAAGAGUGAUUCCACAAUUACAACAUGUAAAUCCUUCGGUGGUAUUGAGCUCUAUAAAGGCUAUUCUUUGUCAUGUAGAAAGCAUAAAUGUAACAGCACAAAGGCAACAGAUUCUUAAAAAGUUAUCAGCUCCAUUAGUUUCAUUAGUUAGUUCAUCAAUCCCAGAAGCUCAAUACGUGGGGUUAAAAAAUAUUAGAAUAAUUUUGGAAAAGUAUCCAAAUAUUUUAUCAAAAGAAUUGAGAGUGUUCUUUAUAAAAUAUUCAGAUCCUCUUUACCUAAAGUUAGAGAAAUUAGAUAUAAUGAUCCGUUUGGCAAAUGAAUCAAAUAGUGAUUUAUUACUUGGAGAAUUAAGAGAAUAUUCAAUGGAGUUUGAACCUGCAUUAGUUACAAAGGCUAUUAAAUCUAUUGGUGCUGUUGCCAUAAAAUUAAAUGGCCUGGUGGUCAAAGCGGUAAAUCUUUUGAAUGAUAUCAUAGAUCAAAGGGGUGGUGAUUUAAUAAUAAAUGAAUCAGUUAUUGUUUUAACAAAUAUUUUAAGAAGAUACCCCGGCAAAAAUGAUAUAGCGUCUUUGGUUAUUCCAAUAAUUUCAAAUUUUUCUUCUGGGCUUGACAAAAAUGAAGCAUUAGCUGGAUUUGUAUGGAUUCUUGGGGAGUAUCCAAAGUUUUUUUCAAAUUUACGUGAAAAACUUGAAUCAUUAAUAAAUGACUUUUUAGAAUUUGAUGUUGCAGUUCAAUUGAAUAUUUUAACAACCACUGUGAAAAUUAAUUUAUCUUUGGGAAAAUUUAAUGAUUUAUUGCAAAAAGUUUUGGAAGUUGCUACAAAAGACUGCGAAAAUGCAGAUCUUAGAGAUAACGCAUUCAUCCUUUGGAGAUUAUUAUCAUCAGGGGAUGAAGCAUUACAAAAGAAAAUCAUCUUAUCAAAAUUGCCUCCAAUUGAAUCAACUAUACCCGUUUUCAAUCAACAUUUAUUAGAAACUUUAAUGGAGGAGUUGGGGACAUUGUCAUCGAUCUUUUAUAAGGGGUCGAAAACAUUUAUUGACCCUUCAGCAUACUCAAGAGUUGCUGUUAAGGAACAAGAAGUGGUUCCUGAUGUCAUAAGAGAUGAAAAUUUGUUGAAGUUUGAUGAUUCAGAAGAUGAAGAUGUUGAAAUAGCCAAUAGUAAUGAUUUAUUGAGUGAAUUAAAUGACUUAUUUGUUGGUGGUGGUGGUAAUACAACAACGAACUCUAAAAGUGUUAAUAAUGACUUGUUAGAUUUGUUUUAA